AUGGAGGGUUUGAAGUUCUUUAAUCUGUGUUCCGUUUUCAAAUUCGUCCUGUCGCAAGGCGCUGGGUCUGGGAAGAAUGGGAAUUUGCGACUGUGUAUAGUGGAAGGUCGCGGGUCAUAUAAGCGAGGUACCAAGUUCUGUCCCGUUUUGGACGAAGAGAAUUCUGGUGUUGAGUGCGUUAUAGGUACAGACAGAUUGGACUGCCUCCGCCGCAUCAGCAAAGGCACGGUGGACUUCGGAGCCUUCAGUCCAGAAGACCUGAUAGCCGCGCAAUGGGCAGAUAUCGACGUGCUUGUCACCCAUGAACUAAGACACAGAGUCCGAGAUUACGAACGCACAGUCGUUGCUGUCGUCAAUCGGAGAAUUCUCGGCGAGACCACGUGGUCCCUUGAUUCAGUGCUGCGGAACACUACGCUGUGCCAUCCGGGGAACGGGGUCGAUGACCUUAAACCCCUGUCAGAUACUUUAGCCGGGUACUUAGAAUCCCUGGUGAUAACGAGAUCGUGUGAUCCCAACUUAUCUCUCACCGAGAACAGGAUCAAAUCUGUCGCUGAGUUUUUCGGGAAGGCUUGCAAGGCGGGCCACUGGCUACCAGACGUCGUACGGGACGGCGAACUCAAGCGAAAAUAUUCAUCAUUGUGCGCGGCCUGCGAGUCCCCUGCGUGCGACACGACCGACCGCUAUUGGGGGGUGACUGGGGCACUCUCCUGUCUUGUGGAGGGGGCUGGUGACGUCAUGUGGGGGGAACUGUUGGAUAUCACUGCGUACUUUGGGUUAAACGAAGCGUCCAGCGACUAUCCUUCAUCAGAUAACUUCGCGUACCUCUGCCGCGAUGGGUCCUGGCAGCCUCUAAAGAACAACGAGAGACCGUGCGUCUGGUUGAAUAGACCCUGGCCCGUUGUGGUCGCUAAGAGAAAAGUGGCAGCAUCUGUGAGCAAGUUGAUAAGCUCGUUGACAGACGGGGCCCUCUUCGACGGACAUUGGCACGGGGCCCUAUCGGCCCUUCUAGAGGUCCGUGAGGCCCCGACUCCGCUGUACCCGCCCAGGUCACCGUUAGACCACCUGGCUACAGCGAGGGGGUUCAGAGAAGCGUACAGUCAGAGUGGGUGCGAUCCCCCAAGGCAUGUGACGCUUUGCACCACGUCUCUCCUUGCAAAGAACAAAUGUGAGUGGUUAAGCGAAGCGGGCGCAGUCUACGGAAUCACACCACCUUUGCAGUGCACGCUGAGAGACAGCGAGGAGGCGUGCCUGGAUGCUGUCAAACAGCAAGUCAGUGACGUCGCAGCGGUGGACAGUGACUGGAUGCUGACAGCCACAAGAGAUUUCGACUUAAAGCCGAUACUUUACGAAGUUACGCCGAUAGUAGAGAAGAUGAACACAGUUGUCGCAUAUGUCAAAAAAAGCGCGAAUAUUAACAAAAUGGCGGAUUUGCGCGGGAAAAGGGCGGCCUUCCCGCGCUACGAUGGCUUCGCUUGGCACUCGGUUAUCGAAUAUUUUACGGAAAGUUGCGAUACCAUGUUAAAUAACUACUUUAGCGAGAUUUGCGCUCCUGGGAUCCAAAAAUACAAUUUCAGCCAAGCGGUAAUCGAAAAAUUCACCAAGUCUUGCUAUAUGACAGAUGGAGACGAGAAAACAACACUAUACUCUCUGGUCAACGGCUAUAGUGAUGUAGCAUUCGUGAGCAUGGCAACAUAUAAUGAAUAUAUAGCCGAAAUGUCCGGUUCGGAAAUCGCAGUAGAUAUCGUACCAAUAUGUCCCGAAGAGAAUCCAAAAUACUGCUACAUAAGUUGGGCUCACCUCGGACACUUAUACGCUGCUACGAAUCUUACAGACAUGAGAAGACACGAGAUCAUCAACGUUUUCACGAAGCUGGACCAGCUGUUUGGCAAGCACCAGCCCUUCCACAAUCCAAUGUUUUCGAUAUACGGCCCAUUUAAUCAUCAAAUGAAUGUUUUGUUCCAUAAUAAUACGAAAGUGAUGGCCACAGAAGGCAUUUUGCAUAUGCAUCCCUAUGACACAAUGCCGUUUAGCUUUGAAAACAAGAUUUUGAAUUCGACGUUUGACAGAUGUCAACUAACGGACGAUGUGAAUAAAGCAUUUACACGAAUGCCCAAUUCCUUAAUUGUGAUAUUGAGUCUAGUCCUAUGUUUAUUUAACGUUAUAAAUGUAAGUUACUCAUAA